UUCCACAUUCCAAGAGUGAGCCACGGCACCAGAAAAAGAUGGAGCAGACGUGUGACGAGAUCGAUGCAAUGUUCAGUAAUUUGCUGGGAGAGAUGGACCUAUUAACCCAGAGUCUGGGGAUAGAAACUCUUCCUCCUGCAGCUCCCAGAGACAUGACUUCAGAGAUGAAUUUUUCUAUUGGGUUUAAAGAUCUCAAUGAAUCCUUGAAUGCUCUUGAAGACAAUGAUCUGGAUGCCUUAAUGGCCGAUCUGGUAGCGGAUAUUAGUGAAGCUGAACAAAAAGUCACCUCUCGGAACCAUAAGAGCUCAUCUCAUACAGAUACCAAUGCUAGCGCUUUAUUUGAUCUUCAUUUUUGUGACACCCUGACUGUUUAUCCUGCAGAAGACUUCUCAUUUUCACCGCCUCCACCACCCCCUGAAUGUGAACCGGACCUCCCACCUCCCCCACCGGAUCCGCCAUUACCGACUGCUCAGGAAGCUUCAGAGUCCAAAGAAAAGGUUGAUAAAAUUAAACUUGCUUUGGGCAAGAUGAAGGAAGCUAAAGUUAAAAAGCUGAUUGUAAAAGUCCAUAUGAACGACAAUAGCACAAAAACAUUGAUGGUGGAUGAACAGCAGACGGUGCGAGAUGUUUUGGACAAUUUAUUUGAGAAAACACAUUGUGAUUGCACCAUUGAGUGGUGCUUAUAUGAAAUGCUUCCAGAACUCCAAAUGGAAAGAUUCUUUGAAGACCAUGAAAAUGUUGUUGAAAUCCUAUCAGACUGGAUGAGAGACAGUGAAAACAAGAUUGUUUUCAUGCAAAAAAAUGAAAAAUAUGCUGUUUUCAAAAACCCACAGAAUUUCUACAUGGCACGGAAGGGAAGCAGUGACAUGAAAGAGAUGAAUGAGAAAAUUAAAAUAUCUCUACUGGAGCAAAGUUUCUGUGGUUCGUCUGUCGUGGUGCCAGAGAUUGAAGGGGCUCUUUAUUUGAAAGAAGACGGCAAGAAGUCUUGGAAAAAGCGGUACUUUCUUCUGCGAGCUUCUGGGAUUUAUUAUGUACCUAAAGGAAAAACUAAGACCUCUCGCGAUUUGGCUUGUUUUAUUCAGUUUGGAAACGUGAAUGUUUAUUAUGGUGUACAGCAUAAAACAAAGUACAAAGCACCAACUGACCACUGCUUUGUCCUGAAGCAUCCACAAAUUCAAAAGGAAUCCCAAUAUAUAAAAUAUCUGUGCUGUGAUGAUCCUUGGGCUCUUCAGCAGUGGGUUACUGGGAUUAGAAUAGCCAAGUACGGAAAGGUAUUGUAUGACAACUAUAAAACAGCCGUGCAAAGAGCAGGCUUAGCGUCCCACUGGUCAACGCUCUCCAAUUCAACCGUAGCAACAGCAGCAGCAGGAAACGGACAGGUCAGCCAAAACCCAACUCCUAUCAGUUCCAGCUUCUCGGAUGCUUGGAAACGUGCCGAGGCAACACAGGAUUACAAGCCAAAUGAGAUGAAAAAACCUGAACCUAAAAUAUCAACUUCUACAUUAAAACAACCCCCACCUGCACCUGUCAGAAUAUCAUCUAGUAAACAAAAAACUCCACCACAGCUGCCAAGCAAAAUGAAUUCUGCAAUCCCACCACCUCCACAGUUUCCAGCACCGGAGCCUCUGCAGCUUGACGAUGAUUUUCUACCCCCUCCUCCUCCUGAAUUCCUUGACUCCCCUCCUGAUUUCUUACCACCACCUCCACCUGCCUUUUCUUCUGAAUCGAUGUUUUCCUCACCUCCACAAUCGCCAGAGCCACAGGGCUUCAGUGCUCCUCUCCCACCACCUCCUCCACCCAUUUUUGCAUCCAACAGUCCCCCCCAACUGCCGGUGAAAAAGCAGCCACCCAAUCCUCCAAAAAGACAAACUAACCCAGGACUUGCAGGAAGUGACCCACACCAGAGUAAAACCAAUGCUAACGGGUCGGUGUCUGGUGGUGAGCCAGAUUUCAUGUCUGAUUUAAUGAAAGCUUUGAAUAAGAAGAAAGGAAAUGUGUCCUAAUUUCAUUAAGGAGUUUAAUGAAUGCUAAGAAUCAGAAAUCAAACUUGGUCUUUGAGAAUUAAAGAGGCCUAUGGCUCUCCAACAGUUAAGUGUCUACUGGCGCCAGCUGUUGUAUAAAUUUGGCUACGCUCUGUUGAAGAGCAGCAGAGUAGCGAUCCACCUGUCAGCCGCCACAACUUCUGAUGUUCUCCCACUCAGUGCUAAAUGUAAAAUAGCAGCUACAAUGUAACGUAAAACAAUUACAUUUCCUUUCUUAGCAUUUUACACCUAUGCCAUCCAAAAACUAAAAUUCAUUAGUAUCUAACUCAGAUAAUAUAGCUUGGGAGCAAGAAAAUGUCAUUAUUCAUUAGAUAUUUUUUCUUUACUAGAUGUUUGCAUGUUUUUUGUUUUGUAUUUUUGAGAUUCAAUAAAAAAUAAAAAUAAAA